AUGUACGCCAACCCGCAGUCGGUCCGACAGCAGGCCCAGACGCUGUCACUGAACAGUCAGUACAUCCCGCCUCCGUACGACUUCACCGGCUACCACCAUCACGUCCCGGGACUCGGUGACCCGCCGCCCGCCAGCGCCUGGAACCACGUGUACACGGGCCGGGAGGAGUUCCCCUUCAGCUUCCAGGGGUCAAGCCCCGGGGUCGCCCCGCAGGUCAGCUUCUCCUCCCCGGACCUGAGCGGGCCUCCCUCCGCCCCCGGAGGAGGCUCCUUCCAGCCUUUCAACUUCGUCUCCGGACAGGAUCCCUUCAGCACCCGGAGGAGAGUGCACGAGCCCGUCAAACACUCCAUCUCAGGAGGAAAGACCCGCACGAAAGACAAGUACAGAGUGGUGUACUCUGACCACCAGCGACUGGAGCUGGAGAAGGAGUUUCAGUUCAACCGUUACAUCACCAUGAGGAGGAAGUCCGAGCUGUCCAUGGCUCUGAGCCUAUCUGAGAGACAGGUAAAGAUCUGGUUUCAAAACAGACGUGCCAAAGAGAGAAAGCUCAACAGGAAGAAGCUGCAGCAUUCUCAGCAGGCCUCCACCACGACGCCGACUCCACCAGUGCUGGGUGGACCGACUGACGCACAGCUCCCCAGCAGCCCCGGAAGCAACAUUCUGUCGGAUACAGUCUCUGAGGAGUACUAGGUAGAGUGAAUGUAGAGGACUGGGGAAGCAUCC